GACUCUCUCCUCAGUUGCAGUUAAAAACCAAGCCGGACAGCAUCUUCCGCAAAUGUUUCGCUUAAUUCUCUGGCUCUGGCUGCCGUUGCUUUGUGCUGCGACUGUGACUGAGCCGAGUCUCUACAGCAGCGAGGACAAUGUUAAGAUAUUAAACAACGAAACGCUGGAGCUGGAGCUGCAAAGUUCGCACAAUUGCAAGCUCGUCCAGUUUAUCAACUAUUUCUGCGGCGACUGUCGACGCUUUGCUGGCACCUUCAAGCAGUUGGCCUGGCGGCUGCGGGCCUGGCAACGCAUUCUCUCGAUCUAUGUGGUGGACUGUGCCCAGGAGCGCAAUGUGCGCAUCUGUCGAGACUUCGAUAUACGCAAGACGCCUACGCUGCGCGUGUAUCCGCCGGGCUAUCAGCGCACGGAGCAGGACGUUGGCCACGAACUGGACACACUGCAGCCGGAGGAGAUCUACAAACAGCUGGCUGCAUUUUUGGCCAAGGUGAAGUAUGCAUCGCUUGGGCAGCCCAAUUUCGAGCCGCUUUCCAAGCUGGACAAUCGGAAGAGCUUACUGAGUGAAUGCGGCACCAGCGUAAAGUAUAUAGUCUUGGUCUAUCAGCCGACGAGCUCGGACUUGGGCCGAGAUACAAUUUUGGGCCUGUUAACUUGGCCAAGUGUUUGUGUGCGCACUCUAAACGAUUCCUUGCUCUUUGCCAAUUUCGGCUCGAGGCCAAACAAAUUGCUUAUUAUGGACUCCCUGGGCCACAUCUCGAGUCUGCACCCGCGCAAUGAUAGCAGCGCGGAGUAUGUGAGAAGCGUGACAGAGUAUCUAAAGGCCAAGGGCUACAGCGCGCCGACGGCAGCUUCGACCACGCCUACUCCAAAUGCUGGCUCACAGCUCAUAGACGAGGAGCAGUCUGCCAUUUUGGCUACCGUUCUGGGCGCCGGUCCAAAGACCUAUCGCGCUGACCUGGAGCAGGCCAUUGAUAAGCUGCUCCACAUUGAGCUGCCCAAGGUGCGCGUCUUUCAGGCCGCAAGUCAUUUGGCUCUGCGGCAACUGCUCAAUGUUUUGCGCCUGUUCAGUCCUCUGAAUCGCAGUGGAAGCAUCCUGCUGGCGCGGCUGCACGAGUUCGUUAACGGCUCCAGUGAUCCGUUGAGCGGCGCUGCCUUUGAGGCGCAGGUGCAACUGCAGCAGCGGAUGCUGCCCAAGGUGUUCAAGGCCAGGCGCUAUGUUGGCUGCAUUGGCUCCGCUCCAGUUCUGCGUGGCUUCACCUGUUCGCUGUGGACGCUCUUUCACUAUCUCAGCGUGCAGUCGGCCAGAUCGACUGAGCUGCCCGCGGGCUACGUCUUGGCCACGAUACACGGCUUUGUUAGCCACUUCUUUGGCUGCACGGAUUGUGUGCAACACUUCCUGGGCAUGGCGGAGAGGCGCCAGCUCUUCUCAGUUGCCGAUCGCGACGAGGAAAUACUCUGGCUGUGGGCGGCUCACAAUGAGGUGAAUCAGCGCCUGGCUGGCGAUGACACGGAGGAUCCCAAAUUCCCGAAACUUCAGUUUCCCGCUCUCAAUGCUUGCGCCUCGUGUCAACUGCAAUCGGCCACAAACACAACUUGGCAGCGUCCAGAGGUUUUGAAGUUUCUUAAGGGUCUUUACGAUGUGAAUAAUUUGAGCAACUACGGACUGCCAACUGCAAAUGGAUAUGAUUGAAACUCUUUUAUUGUAAAUCUUUCAAAGGGAUUGUUGUACCUUGGAGUGAGCAAUAAAUAUGA